AUGUCACAAGGGAAGGAACAUAGCAUCCGGAGGCUGGAGAGCAAUGAACGGGAAAGACAAAGGAUGCAUAAACUGAACAACGCAUUUCAAGCACUUAGAGAGGUCAUUCCACAUGUCAGAGCAGAAAAGAAACUCUCCAAAAUUGAGACGCUAACUUUAGCUAAAAAUUACAUCAACACAUUAACUGCUACCAUACUGAACAUGUCCAGCAGAAGCUUGCCCGCUGGCCAGGACACCGGCUCUGAUGGCAGUGGCAGUAAGUUUUACCAGCAUUACCAGCAACAACAUGGAGAAGAGGACAAUGAUGAACACUUAGAAAAAUACUCCACACAAAUCCACAGCUUUAGGCAGGGCAGUUGA